AAACACAACCAAACAUUAGGGAUUAGGUUUACGGAAGAGGUCUGAACUUCCGGAACGGAUUGUGUGUGUUUUCGCACAUCGAUAAAUAAUUCACCUUCCUGCCUCCUGUGUUUUUUGGACAGCUACCUUGUCAGGAGGAAAUUGAACCAUCUGUACCAUCUGAAGCCGAAUACAGAGACUGUGAGUGGAUCAUCAGGCAGUCUCCCUAUGUCAGGCCGAAACGGGUCUGCAAGUGAUGCAGACUGCCGGAUCUCUGAGGACUGCCAUGUCCCAGAUGUUGAGCUGAUGGAGCUGGGGCCACUGCUGGAGGAGGGAGGGGGGCGACAGGCAGCAUCUAAAGGCGCCCAUCCAGAGGGGGCCGCGAUGCUCGCCGACGAGGAAGAGGAGGACGAUGAGGUGGGAGAGGUCCUGACUUUACCACUUCAGGCUCACCACGCCAUGGAGAAGAUGGAGGAAUUUGUACACAAGGUUUGGGAGGGACGCUGGAGGGUCAUCCCUUUUCAUGUCCUGCCAGAGUGGCUUAAAGACAACGAUUACCUCCUGCAUGGACAUCGGCCCCCUAUGCCCUCUUUCCGGGCCUGCUUUGGGAGCAUCUUCAGAAUUCACACUGAAACAGGAAACAUCUGGACUCACCUGUUAGGGCUCAUCUUAUUCAUUUGUCUGGGCACGUUAACCAUGCUGAGGCCCAACAUGUAUUUUAUGGCUCCGCUGCAAGAGAAGGUAGUGUUCGGGAUGUUCUUCCUGGGAGCUGUGCUCUGCCUCAGCUUCUCCUGGCUUUUUCAUACCGUCUACUGCCACUCUGAGAAAGUGUCUCGCACCUUCUCCAAGCUUGACUACUCGGGCAUUGCCCUCCUGAUCAUGGGCUCCUUCGUGCCCUGGCUGUACUACUCGUUCUAUUGUUCCCCUCAGCCUCGACUUAUCUACCUCACCAUUGUCUGCGUCCUCGGCAUUGCCGCCAUCAUAGUGGCCCAGUGGGACCGGUUCUCUACACCUCGUCACAGACCUACAAGAGCAGGUGUGUUCAUGGGUCUUGGAUUAAGCGGCAUUGUACCCACCAUGCACUUCACCAUAGAGGAGGGCUUUGUUAAGGCCACUACGGUCGGCCAGAUGGGUUGGUUCUACCUGAUGGGCGCCAUGUAUAUCACUGGUGCCGGUCUGUAUGCAGCCAGGAUCCCUGAGCGCUAUUUUCCUGGCAAGUGUGACAUCUGGUUCCACUCUCAUCAGAUUUUUCACGUCCUCGUCGUGGCCGCGGCAUUCAUCCAUUUCUACGGGGUUUCCAACCUGCAGGAGUUCCGUUACGGCCUCGAGGGAGGAUGCACAGAUGACUCUCUACUCUGAGAGUCCCGACUGUGACUCACCCAUACUUCUUUAUAGCCCAACAGACACCACAUACACACACGCACACACGUACAUAUACAUGCACACACACUUAAAAUGCUGCUGGAAUUCAAUAUAUAGUCACUUAUUGCUCCUUCUGUACUUCUGGUUUGCGAACAUCUUGUUUGGGUUUUGGUGGUCUUUCUGUUUGGCUCCACUAAAGUAGCAUUAACUAGCCAUAGAAGUACAGAGGAAUCUUCAACAGGCACUACUUCUCCAAUAAAAAUGAAGCUUGAAGUCUGCAGUUUGUGAUUAAAAACAGGAUUUUAACCAAAAUCUUAGAUUCCUGUAACUGAUGGUGAUUUCUUAGAAGCCCACUUUAGUACCCCCGACCUCUUCGUAGUCUGUUACCAUUGCACAAAGAAUGCAGAGAGUGUUAUUUGUGCUGUAGCAGAGGGAACACACUGUAAACCAUUCCCUCCCAUGCAGGUUAGAGCAUGAAUGUACUGUACAUCAGGAGUUAAGGUGCAGAGCAGCACCACUUAGGUGCUUUGGGGGGGGCCUGCACGUGUAUUUGUAUAAGAACGGUGAAGGUAUAGUAUACACACAUAUAGUGUGUGUGUAUAGGUGUCACCAGAUGUUUGUUCAACUAAGCUGACACCGGUUGUGAAGCUGUUUGUUUAAAUCCAGAGGACCACCACAAACCCAGCCAUGCCUGCUCUGCAAUAAAACAUGAACUGUACUCUGAAGGCCCAGCGAAUACUCUAAAAAAAAAAAGAAAGAAAAAAAAUCCCAUUAAAACAAAAUAAAAUGCAUUAUUAUGAAAGGAACACGUAGUUUAAAUCCCAUGAAUAUGAUCCAUAGAUGUGGCUGAGUAACACGAAUUAAGGAGUUGGAUACUCAUUUGAACUUUAUACUGAAUUAGAAGUUCCUUUGCAUUUUAAAAGCCUUGUUUAAUUUGACAUAUAAAUGAUUUUCAAGUUAAAUAAUGGCGCAAAAAAAAA